AUGGCGUCUGAGCCACAUGAUAGUGUUGAAUGCAUCGAACGGCAAAGGAGGAUGGUUCCACUGGAAGUGUGUACUCGCGCCGACACCCAAUCGUUUCAUAUGCUGGUUCCUCCACGUGUCACCCAACACACGUGUCACUCCUUCCACAUUUCUCGCAAACACGGUCAUCUCCUUCCACUUAACACAUCCAUAAACGGCAUGUCGCUUAACAAACCUGUAACCACCACCAGUACGCACCCUUCACGCAGCGCUUCCCCUAUCCCAACACAUCGUCCGUGGGCUCCAUCACGCAAAAAAACUCCUCCACCAGGUUCCAGUCCCGUUGGAGGGGAUUCCCGCGCCCGAAAAGUAGAAGUGGUCCGCACCGAUGUGCGAUUCCAGGAGGUGAAGUCGUUGCUACGCGCGAUAGCGAGGAGAAAGGGAGAAAGAAAAGGUGCGCUUCCUCGGGAUCUUGUGUGCGGUAGGUACUGUUUUUGUAGAGAAGAAUAG